AUGAGCGGAAAUAAUGACAUGGUAUCAGUAGUGGAUGAUGAAGAGUCAAUGAUUAAAUAUCUUCGUGAAAAGAUUAUUGGUCGUCCAACAAUCUUUUCUCUAGGUGGCGAUGUACCAAUAGAUGAUCAUACGCCUCCUAUAAAAAAGGCUAAUUCACAAGAUGGUUUAAAUGAUGUUGUAUUAAUAAGUACAAGUUCAAAUGAUACAACAAAUCAGGUAGAAAAACUUACUGCCACAAGUAAUAUUAUUAAUGCUGGCCGUCGACCAAUACCAUCAUCAUCACCAAUUAUUAUUCCGAAAAAACCUCCUCGUUCGAAUGCAUCAUCACAAAGUUCUUCAUCGUAUACAUCGGUUGCUGAUCACAUGUCUUCAUUUGUUGAAUCAUUAGUACAAACAGAUGAAGUACCAAAUUCAACAUUUCCAACAUUACCAUCAACAUGUCAACAAUUAGAACAUUCAGCAGCACGAGAUCGCAUUUCAGUUAAAAAUAAACGACGACAACCAAUUAAACAAAAAUUAAGUACACUUCGAGAAACUGAUGAUAAUGAAAUUGAUUUAUUUUCAUCGAAAACUGAAGAUAAUGAAAUUCCACCACCUUUACCGCCGAAACAGCGUUAUCUACUCAAAACUAUAUCAUCAACACCAGAAGAGGAACAAUCAAUCAUUGCUACAACACGCGUGGAGUCAAAAAAACCACAACCAUUAAUUGAUCUAUCUGAUUUGGAUAUAGCACGAGCACGUCUUCGUAUAUCAGUUCGUUCACGUGAUCGUUCAGCUGAUAAUAUACUUUUAGCAACGAAUUCUAAUACUAAUAAUGAAAUAUCAUCUAUUCCAUCAUCAAAUAUUUCAACAUUUACUAAUCCUAUUCAACGUUCAACAAGUUUUAAACGAAUUCAAGAAAUUAAUGAUAUAAAAUUAAUAAAUCAAUCAAUAUUAAAACAAAAAAAAGAAGAAAAUUAUGAAAAUAUUUUAUUAACUAAUAAAUCUAUUGAAAAUAAUUCAAUAUUAAAUGAACAUUCAAUAGAAAAUGAAAAUAAUAAUGAACAAACAAAUAUUAAUAAUUCAAGUCCAACAAAAUCAUUAUCACGUUCAUCAUCUCAAGAACAUAUUUAUGAUAAUUUAGAUGUAUUUAAACGUCCUAAACCAAAUAUUAUUUUAUCAUCAAAUGAUGAUGAAUCAUCAUCAUCAUCAACAAUGACUGUCGUUAAAACAAGAGAACAUCCAAUAACAACAACAACACGUUUAAGACCAAUUACAAUGCAUGUAACAUCUAAUAAUGAUAAACAAAUAACAAAUGAAUUUGAAAAUGUUUUUAAUCAAUUAAAAAAACGUGGUUCAAUUCGACGAAUUCGACCAAAUGAAGAAACAAUACUUGAAACUCUUUCAACUGUUCCUAUCGAAGAAAAUCAUAUAGCAGCACCACUAUCUCCAUCUAUAAAAUCUGAGAAUGAAUCAUUCAUAUCAACCAAUAAAACUAUUGAAUCAAUUCAUACACCAUCAACACCAAAUCGACGAAAAACACUUGCUGGUGUUCAUUUAUCAGCUAAUAAUAAAGUUGCUACUAAUGAUAAUAAACCAACACCAUCAUGGAUUGAUAUCGCUAAACAAAAACAAAAUAAAUUGUAA